AUGAAGGUUCUUGUCCUUCUGCUUGUCACCCUUGCCGUGGCCUAUGCAGCUCCUGACCCCCGGGGAAUCCUAAUCAACCUGGAAGAUGGCGAGAUCUGCAUGAACAGUGCCCAGUGCAAGAGCAGCUGCUGCCAACACUUCAGCCCCCUGGGCGUGGCCCGCUGCACACACAUGGCCAGCGAGAACAGCGAGUGCUCACCCAAGACAGUCUAUGGGAUUUACUACAAGUGUCCCUGCGAGCGGGGCCUGACCUGUGAGUCGGACAGGACCAUUAUUGGCGCCAUCACCAACACCAACUAUGGUAUCUGCCUUGAUGCUGGACGCUCCAAGGAGUAA